UGCUGGAAGAUGCUGGGACCUCAAGGAGCCCAAGCCUGGGGAAGACAGAGCUGGACAGACACAAGAGAAGACCUCCUGAAGGAGGGGACGCUGGAUUUUGCCAGGCAGGAAAGGCAUUCCAAGAAGUACAGCCAGCGUGGGUGCAGUAGCAUGAGCUGGGCCAGGCUGCUGAAUGGGUCUUGAGUGCCGCACUCAGAAGGGGUUAGCGCCGAGGUAGGGGAGAAAGGGGCGCGAUCGGAUUUACAUUUUGAAGGAAGGGAGCCAACUUCGAAGGCCCUACAUCCAGGUACCGCCAACGCCCCGCCCCCGCCGCCCGCAACCCUGGCAACGUCCCGCCCCUCCGCCCGCGGCCAUGGCAACGCCACGCCCACCAGCCAGCACGCGGGUUCGCAGGUCUUGCUUCCGCGUCGCUCGCCCCACCCUCCAGGCCAGGCCCCGCCCCCGCGCUGUCCUGGGCGGGGUUCCAGGCCUCGCUCCCGGCCUCGCGCUUCCUCCUCGCCCCCCACCCCCAGCCCCGCGGCGCGUGCCCCGCCCCUCACCGCGGGGCUCCCGGGGCAGAUACCGCCGUGAAGGUUCGCGUCCCGCCGCCGCUGGUUGCGCCCGCGCGCCUCUCGGGCCUCUGGCGGCGGCGGCGGCACAAAGGGAAGCAGCAUGUCCGAUCCUAGCUACUGGACGGCGGUGGCGGCGCCCGGCCACCGGAGCCGCCUGGCCAAGGGCGCGCUGCUGCAGCGCUCCAAGAGCUGCCGCAGCGGGAACCGCAAGAGCCUGGUGGUAGGAACGCCCUCGCCGACCCUUUCCCGGCCCCUGUCACCCCUGUCCAUCCCAACAGCAGGCAGCAGCCCCCUGGAUAGUCCUCGGAACUUCUCAGCUGCAUCUGCUAUCAACUUCCCUUUUGCCCGGAGCCACAUCCCGAGCACAGACAGGGCCGACGGCAGAAGAUGGUCCCUCGCGUCCCUCCCGUCUUCUGGCUAUGGAACCAACACGCCCAGCUCCACUGUCUCGUCGAGCUCAUCCUCCAGGGAGCGCCUCCACCAGCUUCCUUUCCAGCCGACGCCGGACGAACUAUGCUUCCUGUCCAAGCAUUUCCGCAGCUCAGAGAGCAUGGUUGAUGAGGAGGGCGGCCACCACUCACCUCGCCUUCGGCCCCGCUCCCGCAGCCUCAGCCCUGGACGCACAACAGGGGCCUUCGACAAUGAGAUCGUCAUGAUGAAUCACGUGUACCGGGAGAGAUUCCCCAAGGCCACAGCACAGAUGGAGGGCCGUCUGCAGGAGUUUCUGGCCGCCUUCUCACCCGGCGCCCGGCUGGCACUGGCUGACGGCGUCCUGGGUUUCAUCCACCACCAAAUCAUCGAGCUGGCCCGCGACUGCCUGGCCAAGUCUGGAGAGGCUCUUGUCACCUCCCGCUACUUCCUGGAGAUGCAGGAGAAGCUGGAGAGGCUGCUGCAGGAUGCCCAUGAGCGCUCAGACAGUGAGGAAGUUGGCUUCAUUGUCCAGCUUGUCCGGAAGCUGCUGGUCAUCAUCUCGCGGCCAGCGAGGCUCCUCGAGUGCCUGGAGUUUGACCCUGAGGAGUUUUACCACCUGCUGGAGGCUGCCGAGGGCCAGGCCCGCGAGGGCCAGGGCAUCAAGACGGACCUGCCGCGGUACAUCAUUGGGCAGCUGGGCCUGGCUAAGGACCCCCUCCAGGAGACGGUGCCUCUGAGUCACCUUGAUGACAGUGGAGGACAGCCCCCAGCACCAGCACCGGAGUCCCCAGAAAGUCGUGCCCUGGUCGGCCCUUCACGGAGGAAGCCCUGUGAGAGCGACUUCGAGACUAUCAAACUCAUUAGCAAUGGAGCCUACGGGGCCGUCUACCUGGUGCGGCACCGGGAAACGAGGCAGCGCUUUGCCAUCAAGAAGAUCAACAAGCAGAACCUGAUCCUUCGCAACCAGAUCCAGCAGGUCUUCGUGGAGCGCGACAUCCUCACCUUCGCUGAGAACCCGUUUGUGGUCAGCAUGUUCUGCUCGUUCGAGACCCGGCGCCACCUCUGCAUGGUUAUGGAGUAUGUGGAAGGCGGCGACUGUGCCACGCUCCUAAAGAACAUGGGCCCGCUGCCCGUGGAUAUGGCCCGCAUGUACUUCGCCGAGACGGUGCUCGCGCUGGAGUACCUGCACAACUAUGGCAUCGUGCACAGGGACCUCAAGCCAGACAACCUGCUCAUCACCUCGCUCGGCCACAUCAAGCUAACUGACUUCGGCCUGUCUAAGAUCGGGCUCAUGAGUAUGGCCACCAACCUCUACGAGGGCCACAUCGAGAAGGACACUCGGGAGUUCGUGGACAAGCAGGUAUGCGGGACGCCUGAGUACAUUGCCCCCGAGGUGAUCUUCCGCCAGGGCUACGGGAAGCCAGUGGACUGGUGGGCCAUGGGCGUCGUCCUCUACGAAUUCUUGGUGGGCUGUGUGCCAUUCUUCGGAGAUACCCCUGAGGAACUCUUUGGCCAGGUGGUCAGUGAUGAGAUCAUGUGGCCAGAGGGGGACGAAGCCCUUCCAGCUGACGCCCAGGACCUCAUCACCAGGCUGCUCCGACAGAGCCCCCUGGACCGUCUGGGCACUGGAGGCACCCACGAAGUAAAGCAGCACCCCUUCUUCUGGACACUGGACUGGGCGGGGCUUCUGCGACACAAGGCCGAGUUUGUGCCGCAGCUUGAAGCUGAGGACGACACCAGCUACUUCGACACGCGCUCAGAGCGUUACCGUCACCUGGGCUCUGAAGAUGACGAGACGAAUGAUGAGGAGUCAUCCACGGAGAUCCCCCAGUUCUCAUCCUGUUCCCACCGGUUCAGCAAGGUCUACAGCAGCUCUGAGUUCCUGGCCGUCCAGCCCACCCCAACCUUUGCUGAACGGAGCUUCAGUGAGGACCGGGAGGAAGGGUGGGAGCGCAGCAGUGAGGGGGACUAUGGGCGCCGGCUGAGCACCACCGAGGUCCGGCUGAGGUCCUGCACAUCCUCCGGUUCCUCCUGCCACUUACCCUUUUCCCAGCCUGAGCGGGGCCCUAGCCCAUCUUUCCUGAACACCAUCAACCUGGACACGAUGCCCAAAUUUGCCUUCUCAUCAGAGGAUGAGGGAGUCGGCCCAGCUCCUGUGGGCCCCCAAAGGCCCGUCUUCAUUCUCGGGGAGCCCGACCCACCCCCAGCAGCCACCCCAGUGUUGCCCAAGCCCUCAAGCCUUUCUGCUGACACAGCUGCCCUCAGCCACGCGCGCCUACGAAGCAACAGCACCGGUGCACGACACUCUACGCCGAGGGCCCUGGAUGCCGGCCGGGGCCGCCGCCUUGGGGGCCCGAGAGACUCAGCCCCUGAGAAAUCCAGGACCUCCCCCAGCGGGGGUCGCGUGCCCAAGUCAGCCUCAGUGUCUGCCCUGUCGCUCAUCAUCACGGCAGAUGACGGUAGCGGCGGCCCCCUCAUGAGCCCCCUGUCCCCACGCUCGCUGUCCUCAAACCCGUCGUCCCGCGACUCCUCUCCAAGCCGAGACCCUUCCCCCGUGUGUGGCAGCCUGCGGCCCCCCAUUGUCAUCCACAGCUCGGGCAAGAAGUAUGGCUUCAGCCUGCGGGCAAUCCGCGUCUACAUGGGUGACAGUGACAUCUACACCGUGCACCAUGUCGUGUGGAGUGUGGAGGAGGGAAGCCCUGCCCAGGAGGCAGGCCUGCGGGCCGGGGACCUCAUCACCCACAUCAACGGGGAGUCGGUCCUGGGGCUGGUGCACAUGGAUGUCGUGGAGCUACUGCUGAAGAGUGGCAACAAGAUCGCCCUUCGGACCACGCCCCUGGAGAACACCUCCAUCAAGGUGGGCCCUGCACGGAAGAAUGUGACCAAGGGCCGCAUGGCGCGCAGGAACAAGCGGAGCCGGAGGCGGGAGACGCAGGAGCGGCGGAAGUCGCUCUUCAAGAAGAUCUCAAAACAGUCGUCCGUGCUGCACACCAGCCGCAGCUUCUCUUCCGGCCUCCACCACUCCCUGUCAUCCAGCGAGAGCCUCCCGGGCUCACCCACCCACAGCCUCUCCCCCAGCCCCACCACGCCCUGCUGCAGCCCGGCUCCCGAUGCCCCAGCAGACACAGUGUCUCCGCCCAGCGCAUCCCCAAGCUCCAGCAGCCCUGCAUCUCCGGCUGCCGCUGGCCACACCCGACCCAGCUCCCUGCAUGGCCUGGCCACCAAGCUUGGGCCACCCCGCCCCAAAACCGGCCGCCGCAAGUCCACCAGCAGCAUCCCGCCCUCCCCGCUGGCCUGCCCGCCCGUGCCAGCGCCCCCACCCCGCUCACCCUCGCCCCUGCCAGGGCACCCGCCUGCACCUGCCCGGUCCCCAAGGCUGCGCCGAGGCCAGUCGGCUGACAAGCUGGGUACAGGUGAGCGGCUCGACGGGGAGCUGGGGCGCCGCAGCCGCGGGCCAGACUCCGAGCUGGUGGUCAUGCGACGGCUGCAUCUGUCCGAGCGCCGAGACUCAUUCAAGAAGCAGGAGGCUGUGCAGGAGGUGAGCUUUGAUGAACCACCUGAGGAGGCCACUGGGCCACCCACCUUGGUGCCGCAGAUCGCCGUGGAGGGCGCUGAGGCUGUGCCAGGAGCUCUUGGACCCUUUGAGAAAGACUAAUCCCUCCUACCUAUCCUCUCCCUGGCCUGGAAGUCAACGCAUUUUUUGUGGAAUGUGUUUUCCAUAAAUUGACACCUGGUUGGAGACUGAGCCACCAGCCUCUGACACCUGGAAGAUGAGAAGCGAUCGCGUUUCUUGCUGGAAGGUGCCUCCCUCAUGUUCUGGAGCCGAUCAAUCAGGGGGCCAUAGGGGCAGGCAAGGGAGACUAGGGUAGCAUUGUAAAUAGCAGCAAAUCCCUGCAGCUAAUUUAUUACGUUUUAUAAGCGAUAGCCAGACUGAGCUGCCACUGUUAAGGCGGCUGCCCAGGUCUUGUCCCAUGCACUUGGGACCCAUCUGUAGACCCUGCCCCCUGGGCUGAGAAGGAAGCACUUUGGACAAGUCAACGUGUAUUCGUGUUUUAUGGUUUUUCUGUACUUUUAAAAUUUUUUUGUGUUACUUGAUCCCACCCCUGACUCAAGACCCGCAGAUUUGAAGGGAUGCAGCCAAGCUUACCUGUCCAGGCCCAGUUUGGAUGACUUGGAGAUUCCGUAAACAAUUCCCCUCCACCACAAAACAAAGUAAUCUUGAUGAUGGACUGGAUUCUGAAGGCUACUUCCUACCAUCAUAGCCUCCAUCCCUAGGCCAGCCAUGCUAGAGUCUGCCUCCAGUCCUAUAGGCUUAGGAGGUGUGGGAACUGGGGCUUUGAUAUAUGAGUAGAAGUUCACCAGAUCUAGGCAGAGGGGUCACCUGCGUCACAAGCAGACACUGAUGCCCCAGGAGGCAGAGGCCUCAAAGGACACUGCCAGGGUAGGAGAAGACCCUGGACAAGGUUUUUUGUAUUUGAUGCCCACCAGGGUGAGAACUUGACCAUGAUGUGUCUGAAACAGCCCCUGGGGGGUGCCCUUGAUAUGCCAGAGCCUUGUAGGGCUGAAAUUCGAGUGAGAAAAAUCCAACUGGGGGGCAGUGAGGCCCAAGUUGGAAUCUUGGCUUCACUGUUUGGCUCUGGGAAAAUGACUUCCCCACUCUGUGCCUCAGUUUCCUUGUGUUUACAAAACAAAUCCCAACGACUAUUAAGCACCUACUGUAUGCCAAGCGCUUUACUUGUGGCUUUUCCCUCAGCCAACCUUGAGAAGGCGGGAGGUGGUGUCGUCAUCCCCAUUUUACAGACAAAUAACUAAGGCCUGGCAAGGCGUGGAGACUUGCCCCCACCAUUGCCUGGAAAGAGUCAUGCAGCCAGGCCCUGUCCUGGGCACUGUAGUCAAGGGAGCUGUAAUGGAGAAUCUGUUGUCAGAUACAGCCGACUCCAGCUCCAGCUCUCUCCCCUGCAAUGCUGUGUGACCCACUGGGCAUCUCAGAGUCUCCAUUUCCCAUUCAGAGGUGGCCAGCAAGAUCACCGUACCCCACAAUGGUGAGGGCACUUUCCAGACACUGCAGCCCACGCUGUGUUCUCUCUGGAGACAUCCGUGUAGCACUGCCUGGUGUUGGAACUAGAUCAAGGCUGUGCAUGACUUGCUCCCGCCUUCCAUCCCGGAGCUGACGGUGAAUAAAAGCCCACAUUUACAAAGAA